ACGAGGGCGCCCUCCCUCCUGCAGGGAAAAUUGUCAAUAGAUAACCGGUCCGGUAUACCUCAGGUGAAGGUAGCAAAGGAGAGCAAUUGUGAAUAAUUGGCCUCGAGCUGUGAGGUUUGGGUUAGAUUAAUGGUCCCGCCAUUAACAGUUGGCCCCCUCGACUUUCGCUCUAACUAUGCAGUUUCCGAGGACUGGAGAGUUAGAUGGAGGCUAAUUGAGGAUCUAGAAGCCCGAACCGCCCCCAGUAACCAGCUACCCAAUUGCUACACUGGCCCGCGUAUACGCUGUCCUCACAAUUGGCAAGCCAGCCUUGAUCCGUCAGAUAGUUUGGCCAAAUCUGCCGACCACCAUUAAAAAUGCCCUGAACAUACUCAGGCCAGUGAAUUCGUCGUCCUCUGAUGCGAUGCCUUCGCAGAGAACGCUUCCUACGGCAUUAUAAUCGAUCAAAGACCUUCGGUACCAUAAUCGGGCUACGUUCCGUCCGUUUGCAGAGUCCACACAGGAGAUUGCGCUUCCGGCGCUGUCGCCGCAGAGCGGCCUUAGCGAGCUCGGACGUUGAUUUGUUGUCUAUUGCAUCUUUUUAACACUGCCCAUGGCGGCGGAGGCAUUAUCAGGAUCGCAGUCAAUGAAGGAGGUGAGAGCUCAGCGGGAAACAGAGGUGUGGCAGCCGCAGUAUCGUUCACCCGUGCUGUCAGAUCGGUGGUUUCUGAGAUAGAUGGGCUAUUUAAUGUGAUUCUGAGAUGUAGGGCUGAAGCGCACCACACCGGAUUAACGGUGUGGAGGUCUCCGGUGCGUCAACUAUCGGGGUGGAUGAAGAGAAAGGAAUCUCGGAGGCAUUCGACGGAGCGGAGAUGUUACUCAGGCUGCUGUUGCCAUUCCUCUGUCACCCUGGGAGUUCGCAGGUCAUCAUACCACCAGGGCAGCUUGUCGGGCUUCCUGGUAGGUUGGCCGGAUUAUCCAGCAAGGCAGCCGGGACCAAUCCCGAGAUCGACAAGCCUGAGAGAAAGGGCAAUGGUUAGACUAUCGAGCUUGAAAAGAUGUGCAUUAGACCUCCUAUGGUCUGUCAUCGAGCGAUUAGGGAGAACAUUCGCUCCGUUGGCAAAUCUAGUCAUAACAGCGGGCCACUAUAUACUCCGAGCAUCGCUCUGAUAUGGAGGUCUAAAGGGUAGUCUAUACCCACCUCACCACACUCGCAAACCUCUUCAGACCAGGUCUUGACGAACGAACUGUAAGUUAGCCUCGGUCCAUUUAACCCCGCCCUCGCUCUAACUUACACCGACCUCUUCCUUAACCCCGAUGGACCCAAAAAUCGUCCUCAUGCCAAGCUGACAGGAAACCACGGCAGCAAAUAUGCUGGAAAAGAGAAGGAAACACAGACAAGCUCGUUCCUCUCACCAUAAUCGGGGAUCAACUCUCGACCAAUGCGGAUUCGUGGGCUUAUCUCCCCCGCGGAGGGACUCUUGACGGCUGUGCUGGGGAACCUGCCGCCCAGCCAUGUCCGCUCUCGGGCGAGACGGCUGCUGGAUCGCGUUGCCAUAUUUAACAUGAAUGAGAAGGCAAUCAUGGUAAGUGCCUUGUGCUCGAGUACUGCCCGGAAUGGAAACUCUAGGGGUAGGAGCAUACUCCCCCACGUAGUAGGCGCGAGUAGAGAGAAUUUGGCGGUUGAAGGGAUCGCCAGGCCUAGACUGCCAGUCCUUUGAGUUGGUAGGGUCAAUGAUGCCGAGGAGGGGGAGGAGGAAGCAGAAGCAGACGACGAGGAAAUAGAGGGGGAAGAGGAGAGAUUUGUGGCCUCGAAUCGUAAAACAAAUGCAGCCCAAUUAAACAACAUAACAGAGAAGCUUCGGGUAAAACGCAGGAUAUGGCAUUGCCACCAUACCGCCCCCUUUCCGAAACGCCAGAGGUCAUAUACACAAACACCGCCCCCCCCUUUACCGCCAGCGCUAGGACAGAGUCAUGUUCCUCCCCCUGCUCAGGGACUCCAGCCUGGAAAGUAGCCUCUAUAGCACACAGCACACUAGAUUAUACCUUUAUAAAAACCGCCCAACAAACAAUCCCAGAA